UUGUCGGUAGAGGCUGGAGGAGGAGGUCGGGAAGGAGAUAUCGGGUGGUCAGCAGCCAGCUCGUCGCUACUUGUGGGCCUCGUUCGAUCCGUGCCUCGUUUCUCCCUGGAAAGGGAGGGAGGCUUCGACAUUGAAAGGAAGCCGCCGCCUCCGUAGUCCGAGCCUGGAGUCACUAGGGCUUCUCUCAAACUUGUGUGCUGAGGAGACUCAGAUGUUGGCCUCAGCUCCUAGGCUGAACUCAGCAGAUCAGCCCAUGAAAACUUCUGUAUUGAGACAAAGGAAAGGAUCCUUCAGAAAGCAACACCUAUUAUCCUGGGCUUGGCAGCAAGGAAGAGGACAGGUAGUGGAAAUCCUACAAUCGGGAAAGCGGACUGAAAGGUGACAAGGAAGCUGAAGAUGGGUGGUGGAGAAAGGUAUAACAUUCCAGCCCCUCCAUCUAGAAAUGUUAGUAAGAACCAACAACAGAUUAAUAGACAGAAGACCAAGGAUCAGAAUUCUCAGAUGAAGAUUGUUCAUAAGAAAAAAGAAAGAGGACAUGGUUAUAACUCAUCAGCAGCUGCAUGGCAAGCCAUGCAAAAUGGGGGGAAGAACAAAAAUUUUCCAAAUAAUCAAAAUUGGAACUCUAGCUUAUCAAGUCCCAGCUUACUUUUUAAAUCUCAAGCUAAUCAAAACUAUGCUGGAGCCAAAUUUAGUGAGCCACCAUCACCAAGUGUUCUUCCCAAACCUCCAAGCCACUGGGUUCCUGUUUCCUUCAAUCCUUCAGAUAAGGAAAUAAUGACAUUUCAACUUAAAACCUUACUUAAAGUACAAGUAUAAAAUAAGAUAAAGUACUGUUGCUUAUGGAUAUAGUCAACUGGUCUGAAACAGAUUGACUAGGGAAUCCUUUUGUGCAGAACUAAUUAUAAGUGAAAAGUAUAUUUAGACUUCAUCUCAUUUGCUCUACGUGUUGUGAGCACUGUGAUGUAAUAGUAGCAGCUUAAAGAAAUUAAUGAUUGUAUUUGGUAAUAUUCUCAACUGAGUAUCUUAUAAGUGAAACUAUUCAAGUUUAGAUUUGGGGAAUGGUAAAGGAAUCAGCUUUUUCUAUUGUUGGGGGAAAAACAGUAAUUUAAGAUUAUCAUUCAUGGGUCUCAGUAGAUUUAUGUGUUGAGUUAGCGACUAAGAUGAUAAGCAUCUAGCUAAGACAGAGAUUGAAAACUAGUUGAACAUUUCAAAGUUAAAUAUACUAGAAACAACCACACCAGUAAUAAAAUCUGAUGCACUGCCAAAAGAAAAUGUGAAUUUUUCUUAAUAGUUGCAUUUUACUAAAUUGUACAGUGGUGAAUGUGGAAAGGGUACUUGAGGUUUAUUAGAAUAAGGCACAGUAUACCUCAGUGGCCCUAAUUUUGAAUGCAAAUGGUGAGGUGUGUACCAACAAAUGCACCAAAACAAUUUUUUUUAUAGAAGCAGUGUUUAAUGGUAGCUUUUAAAAUACAUUUUUGUAUUAGAGCACUGCAUAUGCUAUUCAGACAGUGAUCUGGCCUUGUCAUCCCUGUAAUGCCUCCGUAAAGUGGGGAGUUGUAUAAUGUGAAAGUUUUAAGUACCUAGGGAAGAAAAGAGCCAUGUAAAUACAUGUAAUAAACUUACAGCAUAUGUAAAGUUUUCUCAGCCUUUAUCCUACAAAAAUAGAAUUAUUUUAGUAUGAAUUUGCUAAAUAUAAGACCAUGGACUGUUUUUAUACUAUGGCCUGAUUUUAAAGGUCCAAAGUAAUUUGUUUUUAAAGUUUACCUUUGUGCUGAAGUGCCAGUGUGUAUGUUGAUUGAUUUGGUUGUGAGCUAUAUUUCAAAGUUACAGCCUCAUGUAAUAAGUUCUAUAUAAUUAAAAAGAUUUAAGCUGCUAAAACAUUUUUAAGAGGUGAAAUGCAGUAUGGGCUUAUUUUUUCCCCCUUAAGUCCAAAGAUUAACCAUUAAAGGUCCCCCCCCCCAAAAAAAAAAGAACCUUUAAAGAUUCAUUGCUUUUGCCAAUUCUUACAACCUAUAAUAAAAAGAUUGGUUAGUGUAAGGUACCAUUGGGUGUUUGUUGGUUCAAAGUAAGUGCAACCCAGGGGACUGCUUUUGCAAAAGUUGUCAUCUCUUGCGUAAUACUUUGAUAGCCUUGUUUUACCAACUGUUCAGGGGUAAAGGCUAAGUUUAACAGUUUAACCCAAUAACAAGUUAAAACCGCAGGUCAGUUAAAUUUGAAUUAUAAAAAUCCUAUUUCCUAAUUUGGUACCUUUGUUUGGGUGUUUAUAACCAGAAUGGCUGUUGUAGUUCUCCAACUAAAUUUAUAUGAAAUAAUACUGCCCAAUUUAAAUAUUGGUAUCUUAAAUUCUAUAUAGUACCUAAUGUAUAGAAAACAAAUUUGAAGCAUGAAAUUUAAAAAUAAAAUUGUUUUUU